CGUUUGGUUGGGUUGAGGAGAUUCGAGAUUGUGAUUGAUUGUACUACAGUAGGCCUACUAAGUUAAGUUAUACCACUGAAUUUGUUUGAUUUAAUUGUGGCCCACAUAUUUCUUUUCUAGAUAAUGGUGGUAUUUUUGUUUAUGUGAUAUGACCCACUUGGAAAUUCCUUGAUCUAUAUUGAAAUAAGUACAGUUUAUGUGUUGUAUUUUGUAACCUCAAAACAACAUGGUUAAACUAACGCCAGAGUUGAUUGCUCAAUCACAUCAAUACAUAAACCCUAUCCGUGAUAGGGAGCUGGAUCUAAGAGGAUACAAGAUACCUGUAAUAGAAAAUCUGGGUGCCACUCUAGAUCAGUUUGACACCAUUGACCUGUCAGAUAAUGAUAUCCGGAAACUUGAUGGCUUCCCGUUACUGAAACGGUUAAAAAGUAUUCUACUAAAUAACAACAGAGUUGUGCGGAUAGCUGAAGGACUUGAAAACUACAUUCCAAACCUGGAAACAUUGAUUCUCACAGGAAAUUUAUUACAAGAACUGGCAGAUUUAGAUCCAUUGGCAACAUUGCCUAACCUGACCAAUCUGAGUCUAAUGCAUUGUCCAGUAGCAGGAAAACAGCAUUAUCGGCAAUAUGUUGCUUUCAAAUUCCCCAAACUGAGGUUAUUGGAUUUCAGGAAAAUAAAAUUAAAGGAAAGAGAAGAAGCUGUCACUUUGUUCAAGAGCAAAAGAGGUCGGGAGAUCCAGAGAGAAAUUGCGAAAAAGGCAAAAACAUUCGUUCCUGGUGCUGGGCUACCCGAACCCAAAAAACAAACAGGUCCGUCUGCUGAAGAGCUGUGGAAGAUAAGGGAAGCUAUUGCCAACGCCUCGUCAUUGGAGGAAGUGGAACGACUCAACAGAUUACUGCAAGCCGGACAAAUCCCUGGCAGAGGCGGUGGACCUUCAAAAGACAGUAAAAUGGAAGUCGAUGGAGAAGAAGAAGAAGAAGAGGAUGAAGAUGACGGACCUACUGUCAAUGGUCACUAAGAUUUCCCACUGAAAAUCCUUACUCAGGGAGGCUAUAGUACAUUUAAUGUGUAAUUUAAGCAUUUUUUACAUUUAGUUGUAAAAGAUUAACCUCUUUUCAACAAUCAUCUUGUUAAGUUAAUAAGAGACAGAUAUUACCAAGUUGUAUACUUUAAGUUAUUGCAGUAUCACAAAUUGUUCUUAUCUUUUAUUAUUGUUUGAACAGUCGGUAGUUUUACAGAAAUUGAGUCUUUGGUUUGAUUAUUGUAAAUAUGGGAACGAUUCUACAAAAAAAUAAAGCCUCGAGGUUGAGAAGUGA